GCCCUGCUCGGAGGGUUUUCAGUCCGGCGGAAUGAGCUGAAAAGAGAUUAAUACGCUCAUGGCAGGAUCAGAGACCAUCCGGAAAGAGAAACUGGAGGGAGGGGAGGCGCCGUGAUUGCUGGAGCGGGCUUCCCGGUCCUUCUCCUCCCAUACUUCCCGGUUGGGCAUUGAGUGGCCGCUCCGGGAUCCGGGAUGGCGAUGCACUUUUCACUUUUUUUUUUUUUUUUUUUUUUUUUUUUCGUCUCCGCCAGACAGACUGUUUUACCUCGUCAUUUUCCUCUCAUCUCCUCAAUUUUCUCUCUUUUCCUUCGUCCAGCCACCCUCACUCCCUCCGAUUCAUUACCUUACCCCCGUCCCCUUUUCUGGAUACUUUUCCUCCAAUCCCAAUCCUCAAAUCUAAUCCUCUUCCGAUUACCGCUCAUCAAUACGUCUCUGGACCCAGUUUUGACCCCGCUUGGCAAUUCCAGAGAAACAUUGGCCUCAGGAGACUCAGGCCUUGGGCUAGGCCUGAUUUUCCGAGUCUCGUCCACUCGGAGGGUCUUCCGUCAUCCCCGUCACGCAUUUUUGCCUCUCGGGAGUUUAGGAAGAGGGAUUUGGAAUCAUGAGAUGGGAGGGGGAGGGGCUGGACCGGGAGGGAUAAAAGGGAGCAGGUUUUUCUCGUGCUCUGUGGCUUUUUUGUCUUUGUUGUGGUUGCUGUAUUACCUCUUAUCACUCUUUCUCCUCCGUGGAGUCUACUCCCAGCCCUCAUCGCCCGUCCUACUUAACCAUCCCGAUUUAUUCGCUUCAUGAAACUAGGUGGCUGGGAAAUCAUUGACGAUGGUCUAUUGUGACCAAAUGAGAGAAGAAUACGGAUACACGGUUGCGUGACGUCCAAUGGAUUCAAUGUGGUCCAUUCCGGGUGCUUCGAUGCUCCCGGUGCCUAACUUGCCUAGUUGGGUUCCUUUUGGAUUGAAUACGGCAGGAAGACACGAGAGAGCAUUGUCUCUUUCCUUUCUGUCUUGAUCCAAUUCCUGCCCGAGUCAUGUGUUGGGAUUCGCGGCCUCAAUUCGACCCGAGGUAUCUAACUUUUUUUUAUUCCAUUUUUUUAACGUCAUUGCUGCACAACCACAGUUUCCUUUCCGAGACUGGUCUCAGGUAAUAUGAAGAUCAUGGUUUUAGUUAAAAAACGCAAAAGAAAAAAAAA